CGCCUCUGACGGGACUGACCAUCGUCUGAAUCAGCCGCCUAACACACAAAGCCGCUGAUUCAGACGAGCUGGUAAUGACUUGAACUUCGUCCAAAGAAAAACUCUCCAACUGUGAGCGCACAGAGCAUUUCCACCUACCUGUAGGUUCCGUUUCCGCCUCAUCUUCCUUUUCCAGGUUUGGGCGGAGUCGUUUCUACCUGAUCGAGACAGGUAUCGCUUUCGGUCAGCAGGUAUGAGUCGUCCGCCCCGUUCAAACCGGGGACACCGGGAGAGAAACGGAGACCACCGACAAUACCGGGACUCCCACGAUGAUAGACGUUCAUCACCAGACAGGUCUUCCUCUCCGCCCCCGUACUACCCCAGGGAAGCCGAUUCCCCUCCCAAACAUGUGCGGGACGUCCCGCGAGUGGAGCACCACGACUCCAAAUGCACACACAUCUGCUCCAGGAGAGGUAUCGUGCUGAUCUGCUCUGUACUGACCAACGCCCUGGUCCUGAUCUGUGUGGUGGCGGCUCAGAUGGUGUCAACAGGCCUGUCCUCAGCCUCCGCGCUGGGCGGCUUCAACAUCAACUCCAACUUUAACCUGCAGGGCACUGAGCUGCAGAAGGCACGAGAGCUGGACAUGCAGUACAGCCAGAUGAGAGCGCCGGGGAUCUACGGCGGCCUCUCCUUCAGCCUGACCUUCGGGGUCAUCUCGCUGCUGUUUGUGGUCGCCGGGAAUAAACCCCCCCACCUGAUGUCGAGGAAGCUUCUGGUGGGGGCGUUGUUGUUUCAGGCGGUGGGCGCGGUGGCGUACGUGGUGGCUGUCGGUCUCUACCUGCACUUCAUCAUCAGUGUCAACGCCACAGAAGUUUGCCAGCAGCGGGAGAGGCUGUACGCACGCAGCGGCUACACCUGGAUGAACUGCGACGUGGGCGGGGCGGACGCAGCCGUGGCUCUGUUUGGGCUCAUCACGGCCAUCCUGUACACCGCCGGCACGGUGCUCACGAUCCAGACCGUCCGCCGAGUGAAGCGCUACCUGCAGGAGCGAAAACGCAGAGAGGCAGAGAGGCAGCGGCACCGAACCCAACCGCAGAGGGCCCCGCAGAGGGCUGAGACCAGCUCUGUGUGAGGGACGUCUGGAGACUGUAUCAUGAAGCGACCCAACAUGUUUGGGUUUAAGUCAGGUAUCAUGAUGCCUGCUCACUUUUAACUGAGGUAGAUCUCCAUGGAAACCUGUUGCACAACUCACCUGCUCUGAUGCCGGUUCAGAGCAUCAGGUCAAGAUGUGUCAACAAACGGACUACUGGAUAAAAUACUUCCUGUAUCGCUACUGGUUCUCACCAUGGACAAAUGUAACAGAAUAUAGAUAUAUUUUUAUAGGUUUUAAUCACUGCAGAGUCUUUGAAAAGUCACGGCAAGAUUUUCUUUUUUCUUUUUGAACUACUUUUGUGUUCCCUCACAUUGAGUUUACAAUCCCUUGCCAUACAUUUUUCAUUCUUUCUCAUCCAUAGAGGAAGGUUCAGUUCUGACAGCUGCAUAAUAUAUUUUAAUUACAGCCCCUGGUUGUUUGUAUCAUAGCAGCUAAUGUUAAGACAACUAGUGGAGGCUACAUAGUUCUCUAAACUUUAUUAAUAAUGCAAAUGAACAAUAAUAUGGAGCGUUGUGGUGAAGCUAUUCUUGAACUUCUGUUGUGAUAGAAGCUCAGGUCAUGAAGCCUUAUGAUGCUCUCUUAUGGAAGACCAGAGAUGUCACAGGAAAAGUAAUUAAGCAUUUCCUUAAUUUCAUAUUUUAAGAGGCAUUAGAAAUAGG